UGGCCCCCCCGCCCUCUUUCCCAAACUCUUCCCUGCGUUGUGGGAACCGGGUUGAGGAACCCAGGAUGGUACCGGAACCGGCCUCACUGCGGCCUCUCUAGGAAAUUGGAAACUUCACAUAUCGUUAGCACUCAGUUGACGUUUAUUGGCCUAAGAACGAAGAACCGGAAGAUGCCCUUAAAAAACGUGGCGGCACUCUAACUUCCCCACAGUUGCCUUAAUCUCAAGAAACUUGGUAUAGUCUUUGGCCACUAACAGGCCUUCAGAAGAUGACGCCAUCCGGUCCACUUCAGUCCAUCGAAGACAACAUGACGCGCCCUCAACUAUAAUGGCGGCGCUCUUCAAUUUGGCUUCUUGCCCCUAGGGAUGAUGGCUGCCAGGCGGCUUCACUUAGUUUCUCACCACCCCGGAAGACGGGGACCGGCGAUUGGGCGGUGCCCGAAGGCUCGGAGAAGAAGGCCCUCAGCAGUUGGGCAGUGCUGGGUAAGGCUGGUUUUAAAGGAACUGGAGGUGGGAGCCGCCGAAGACCCGGGAUCCGCGGGAGGCGGCGGCUGCAGCCUGGGAUCCCCCAGGGACUCCCCGGAGCCGCCGCUUCCCCCAUGGACUUGCCCGGGGACUCCAGCCCGCCUGGCCGGCCGCGUCUAUGCCGCCAACCCCUGACUCGAGCAUUAUGGGGAGCCAGGAGCUCGAAACGGCCGAGGCUGCAGCCCCUGGGGGCCCCUUCGCCCUUGGAAAAGGCCUCUCGGCGAGUCCUGGCUGUGGUGCUAGAAGAUGUCAUGACUGCCCGCAUGGUACCCCUGGCUCCCCAAGAGGAGCUCUCCACCCCACAGCACCACAGCAACCUUCAGGAUUCUGUCCGCACCCAGCCACCUGCCUCUCCACCCCAACAGGCUGUGUGGUCCUCACAGGCCAGGCCUCCGGAGCCACUGCACUUAUGCAGAGAACCCUUAAGCCGCAUCUACCAGUCCCCUUCCACCAUGAGGUGGCGAUCAAGGACAACCCCUGGCCCAGAGGAGGGCCCUUCACGAAAGGUGGACCGGGCCCCCCAGCCUACUCUGGUGGUGGUGCUAGAAGACAUUGCCAACCCCAAACCCCCAGCUGAGGGCUUCACCGAUGAGACUCCCAACUUUAUCAUCCCAGUGAGAAGAGCUGAGCCCAUGAUGAUGGUUCACCAGCCAGUGCCUCUGCCCAGGGACCUGGAACCCCCAUUCCGGCCAUCUUCUCUGCCUGCAGACCCUGCGGAGAACCCACCACCAGCCCCAGAUCCUGUUCUGGAGCCCCCAUCGACCCCACCGCCGUCCAGCCUUUUACGCCCCCGCCUCAGUCCCUGGGGCUUGGCUCCCCUCUUCCAUUCCGUCCGCUCCAAGCUGGAGAGCUUUGCUGACAUCUUCCUCACACCCAACAAAGCCCCACAGCCCCCACCCCCAUCAUCCCCCAUGAAGUUGGAGCUGAAGAUUGCCAUCUCAGAGGCGGAGCAGUCCAGGGCUUCUGAGUGCACUACGUCUGUCAGUCCCCGGCCCCCUAUCCGCCAAUGGCGGGCCCAAGACCACAAUCCCUCAGCACCUCUCCCUAAGCCCUCUCUGGGCCGAAGCCACUCCUGCCCUGAUCUGGGGCCCCGUAGCCCAGAUACCUGCAGCUGGCCCCCUGCUCCACCCCACCCAAGCCGGCCACGGCCCCGGCGGCACACUGUGGGUGGCGGAGAGAUGGCCCAAGCCCCGCCACCCCCUCGGCCUUGUCUCCGGAAAGAGGUCUUCCCUCUUGGAGGAGUGGGAGGCUCUCCUCCCCUCGUCACAUCUUGCUCAUCCACCACAUCCACUUCCUCCUUCUCUGAACCUGCAGAACCCAGGUUGGGCUCAACCAAAGGGAAGGAGCAAAGGGCCUCAGAGGACCAGGUGCUUUCAGACCCUGAGACCAAGACCAUGGGAAAAGUUUCUCGAUUCAGAAUACGCAGGACACCAGCCCGUUCUCAACUAAACCUUACCCCAAUGGGGCUGCCUCGACCAAUCAGGUUGAACAAGAAGGAGUUCAGCUUGGAAGAAAUUUACACCAACAAGAAUUACCAGUCACCUACAACCAGGAGGACCUUUGAGACCAUCUUCGAGGAACCCCGGGAGCGCAACGGGACUCUGAUUUUCACCAGCUCAAGGAAGCUCCGGCGGGCUGUAGAAUUUCGGGACAGCAGCCUUCCUCGAUCCCGGCGGCCAUCUCGCGGGGUCCGGGCUGCAGCUGGCAGGACCCUUACUCCCAAUCUGGUCCCCAGCCCAGAUGUAGGACCCCUGCUACAGCAGCGGCUGGAGGAGCUGGAUGCCUUGCUCCUGGAGGAGGAGGAAGUGGAUAGAGAGCAGCCCCAUCGGACCUAGGAGUUCCAUCUGUUUGUCUGUUCAUCCAUCCUGGAGGCGGGGGAGGCUCUGAGGCAGUUAUAUUUUUUCUUUAUAUUUCUAGUAAAGUUUUCGAUAUGUUUCUGA